UGCGCCGCCGCCCACAGCGCGCUCAGUCACGAGAGGCCCGACAAGUACCGCGAGCAGAACGUGCGCGGACGCCAGGCGCUCAGCAGGCGGCUCGAGCCGUACAAGGACGCCAUCUACGCGGAGCUACACAGCUCGGACGUGCUGUCGAGCGUGCUGGAGCUGGUGCGGCUGCUGCUGCCGGCGCUGUCAGCCAGCAGCCGGCGCACCUCGCCCAUCGGGGCUCACCAGCGCGUGGCUGACGCGCUCGCCCAGCUGCACACCGUCGAGAAGACGUUCGACACCACCGACACGCUGAUGGUGCCGACGCUGGGCUCGCAAGAGGGCGCGUUCGACAACGUGCGCAUGACGUUCGCCGGCGAGCAGGGCCAGACGAUCCGGCAGCUGGUGUCGGCCCACAUGAUCCGGCGCGUCUCCAUGUGCUGCCUGAGCAGCCCGCACGGCAAGCGGCAGCACCUUGCCGUGUCGCACGAGAAGGGCAAGCUGGCCGUGCUGCAGCUGUCGGCGCUGCUGAAGCAGGGCGACGCCGCCAAGCGGAAGCUGACGCUGACCCGCCUGGCGUCGGCGCCCGUGCCCUUCACCGUGCUCAGCAUCUCCAGCAACCCGUGUAACGAGGACGUGCUGGCCGUCUGCGGUCUCAAGGACUGCCACGUACUGACGUUCAGCUCUUCGGGCGCCGUGUCGGACCACCUGGUGCUGCAGCCGCAGCUGGAGACGGGCAACUUCAUCAUCAGCGCCCGCUGGCUGCCCGGCUCGCAGACGGCGCUGGCCAUCAUCACGGCCGACUUCGUCAAGCUGUACGACCUCGGCAAGGACGUGCUCAGCCCGCACCACUUCUUCCUGUUGCCCAGCGGCAAGAUCCGGGACGCUUGCGUGGCCAACAUGCAGGACGGCUCCCGACACGUCAUCAUCAUGUCAUCCACCGGACUGAUCUACACGGUCGAGAUCAACGAGGAGAGCUCGGCCCAGCACGGCCCCUUCUACGUCACCAACAUCCUGGACCUGUCGCACCCCGAGGUCAAGUGGUCCAACGGCCAGAUCUGCGGCGGAGGGGUGGCCAUCUACUACUCGCACGUGCUGCAGCUGCUCUUCUUCAGCUACACGCAGGGCAAGAGCUUCCUGGCGCCUCUGACCAGUAUUGGGACGGAGCUGGACAACCUGACGCAGAUCCAGCUGAAGCCGUCGGGCUCGGGCAAGCCCAACUCGCAGCCGCUGUGCCAGUGGCGCAGGGGCAACAAUCCGGUGAUCCUGAUGGUGAAGCCGGACUCGGUCUCGGUGCAGGAGAUCCGCAUCGUGCCGUCCAAGUCGAAGAUCACCGACAUGGUGGUCAUCCGCCACCCGACGGCCGGCAGCGACCGGCGCACCACGCUCAUCGUGCUCUGCGAGGACGGCAGCCUGCGCAUCUACAUGGCCUCGCCAGAGCGGACCGGCUUCUGGCUGUCGUCCUCGCUGAACCCGACGAGUGUGAUGGCCUCGCUGCGGCCGCCGCGCAAGAAGAAGGCGCCCAAGCCAAGCCGCGCUGCCGGCGCCGUCCAAUUCCCGCCCGACUUCUUCGAGGGCUGCCAGCCCAUGAACGACGUCGAGUACGGCGGCGACGACGUGCUGCAGGUGUACAACACGCAGCAGGUUAAGCAGCGGCUCUCCAUGACAGGCAUGUACAUCGCGUCCACCAAGCCGUCCGGCUUCAGCCUGGAGGUGACCAACGGCGACUCGGCGAUGGUGAUCUGCGGCGUGCAGAUCAUGGUCGGCUCGCAGGACCCGCAGCGCAGCCCCAGCUACGUCGAGCUGCUGGGCCGCAGCGUGCCGCUGCACUGCACGCGCGCGCGCUGGUUCGACGUGCCGCUCACGCGCGAGGAGUCGCUGCAGGCCGACCGCCGGCUGGUCAUCACGUUCGGCCCGUCCCCGGACCCGUCCGGCGUCACCAUGGUGGACUCGCUGAAAAUCUACGGCAAGACGAAGGAGAGCUUCGACUGGCCGGAGGACAGCGACGAGUACAUGUCAUCGCCGUCCGCGUCGGGCACGAACCUGACGCCGGGCAGCGAGCAGGAGGGCAGCGCCGCCGCCGUGCUGCCGCUCACGGCGCUCGACAAACUGGUGACCAGCGCCCUGGAGACGAUGGAGGGGUGCGUGGUGGCGGCGCCCGAGUCGGACCCGCAGCGGGCCGCGGCGCUCGAGCUGUGCACGGCGCUGGUGCAGUUGGAGGCGCCGCCGGUCGGCCAGGUGCUGACGCAGGUGGACGCGCUGCUGGCCGCCCUGCAUACCUCCCGCCAGGCCUACUACAGCCACAAGGACCAUUCGAAGCUGAAUCACGUGUGGAAGAUGCUGCGCAAGAUGGACGCCAACGCCGAGUCGCGUAACCUGGACUCGGAGCUCUUCCACCACCUGGUGGUGACCUCUCGCAACAUCGCCAUCUGCCGACCGGCCAACCUGGUGAAAUACACGGUCGUGAAGGGAGAGGGCGACGACAAACCGGACAGCGGCGGCGCCGACUUCGUGUCGCUGCUGAUGGCGCUGUUCUGGCGGCUGCACGACGCCCAGCCGGAGAACGCUCUCACGGCGCCCGUCUGUCUGCCCGGCCUGACGCACCCGGAGACGUGCGUGUACGCGCUCUCGGACGUGCUGUACGCCUUCUUCACGACGGAGCCGGAGCUGGCGGCGCCGCUGACCGUCGUCAUCUCGCGGCUGCUGCUCAGCGACGACCGGGCCGUCAGCUUCGCCGCCAAGCAGGGCCUGAUUCGCGUGUUCCGACCCAAGCAGCGCCGCCGCCGCGUCUUCAUCCCAUCGCCGCCGCGCUGCUCCACGCCCGGCGCUGCCGCGCCCGCCUCGCUGGAGCGGUCGGCCAGCUCGAGCUCGGCGCGCGGCGCCGGC